AUGGGCAAGGUCUUACCGACCCACCGUCUCGCUCACUCUCCGUUCGGUGGCCUGGGACAACCUGCCAUUACGGAAGCCGUCCGAUUAUUAUCCAAGGGCCCCUUCCCUGUUGACCACCACCGCGCUAUCCCCGAACAUCAGCAUUGGAGCAAGGACAAUGUCUGCGUCGAUCCAUUCUCCGGUCUCUCGAUUGCCUACACUACCGACGGUCAGGAUGCGCACGCGGCACCUUCCGCAUACUCCUGCAACUCCCACUCGUGGGUGCACAUUUUCCCCGAGGGCAAAAUCCACCAGUCUCCACGAAAGACGAUGCGCUAUUUCAAAUGGGGUAUCGCACGCCUGAUCUUAGAGCCCAAGGAGUGUCCGGACGUAGUCCCGAUGUGGAUCGAGGGCUUUGACGAUGUCAUGCACGAGAGUCGCGAGUUCCCGCGUUUCUUGCCUCGAGCUGGAAAGCGAGUUAGCGUGACUUUCGGGCCCAAGGUGGACACCGAUGAAGUCUUCGGAGAGAUGAGAUCGCGCUGGGAUAAGUUAAAGGCCAAGAUUGAAAAGAGCAACCGCGAUUCCUGCGACUUACCUGUGGGUGUCUUGAGCGAGGAACUGUUGCACAACAAAGAAGCAGUUGAGCUGCGCAAAGAGGUCACCUUGAAGGUGCGAAACCUCGUCUUGGAUGUUCGCCGGUCUCGAGGAUUCCCCGACGAGGAUCCCAAAGAGGGCCUCGUGGACACCUGGUUGGCGGAAGGUCCUAAGCGGGAGGGCCACAUGAAGGACGAUUCCUGGGUUCGUGAUAUCUGA